AUGGCAAACGGAAACAAUGGCGCAGAAGGGCACGAGAAAGUUCGGGUGUUGCUUCUCUUCUGGGAGGCUGACGACAUGAAUGUCAAAGCAGAACUGGAGCCGCUGAAAUUUUUCUUCGCGGAAGAAUGCCAUUAUUCCGUGGUCGAGUUCAUGAUUCCCAGCAUUGAUGCGGAAGGCAGGCUCUCGGAUCAGAUUCGGGAAACUGAAAAUUUCUGCAUGACAGAAAAGGCAGCGCUAAUUGUUGUCUAUUGUGGUCACGGAAGUGUUGAUGAGUCCAAGCAAUAUCGCAUCUCAGCUUUUGGGCGAGGUUCUCGACACAACGGAGGAAAUCCUUGGAACUCAAGCCCUUGGCUGAACUGGAAUUCCGUUCAAAACUGGCUUCAAACGAUUAAUACAGAUGUACUCAUAUUGAUAGAUUCUUGCUAUGCAGCGGCCGCAGCCGCGUUCGACACGGGCCUCAAGUCACUACAGCGGACGGAAAUGAUUGUAGCUUGUGGAUAUGAGGCGGUCACGCAUAGCAGCAUGCAGCACAUGUCGAAAAAGAUGACUAAAUACUUGAGGAAAUCUCACCCUAUUCUUGGGCCCAUGCCGAGCUUCACGGAAGUGCUUGUUGAAUGUUUGAGCUCUACGCUUAAGACAGGUGACUCUUUCUCUGUAACCAGGCUCCAUCGAGAUCUUAUUAGACACAUCGUCGAACAGAAUUUUGCUCAGAGACGUUUUGGCGAAGCAACGAGGACACCGAUAUAUAUCAAGAUAGAUGAAGAUAACACAAGAAGUAGCAUUAAGUUCAAUAGAGGGUCUGUGGUUCUGGGUCCUCCAGUCAAGCCCCUCAAAACUCUAAAGGAUUUCGAAAAGCCGUUAGAAUCAGAGCAAGCCUAG